AUGUCGAAUUCCUCGAACUACUACUCUUCCCUGCUACAACUCUGCUGCGAAACCCGAAACCAAACACAAGCCAAGAAGCUCCAUUGCCGCAUAAUCAAGUCUCUAACAAACCCAGAAACCUUUCUCUAUAACAAUCUCAUUGGCGCAUACAGUAAAUUAGGUAAUAUAACCUAUGCACGUCAUGUGUUUGACAAGACACCUCAACCAAACUCAUUUUCAUGGAACACCAUGCUUUCUGCUUAUUCGAAAUCUGGGAAUUUAUCAACAAUGCAAGAUAUCUUUAAUAUCAUGCCAAACCGAGAUGGGGUCUCUUGGAACUCGCUUAUUUCGGGGUAUGUGUGUUAUGGUUCUUUCAAGGAGGCUGUGAAAGCUUAUAACUUGAUGUUGAAAGAUGGGGUUUUUAAUUUGAAUAGGAUUACAUUUUCUACUAUGCUUUUGUUGGUGUCGAGUCAAGGGUGUGUUGGUUUGGGCAGGCAGAUUCAUGGGCAGAUAGUGAAAAUUGGGUUUGGGGCAUACGUUUUUGUAAGGAGUCCUUUGGUGGAUAUGUAUGCUAAAAUGGGGUUAAUUUCUGAGGCAAAGCAGGUUUUUGAUGAGGUUCGAGAGAGGAAUGUGGUAAUGUAUAAUACAAUGAUUACGGGGCUUUUGAGAUGUGGGAGGGUAGAGGAUUCAAAGAGGCUGUUUCAUGGUAUGAAGGAAAGAGAUUCCAUUUCGUGGACAACGAUGAUCACAGGGCUUAUACAAAAUGGAUUGGAGGCGGAAUCUAUAGAUUUGUUUAGAGAUAUGAGGCUGGAAGGGAUGGCGAUAGAUCAGUAUACAUUUGGCAGUGUGUUGACUGCAUGUGGGGGGCUUAUGGCUUUGAAAGAGGGAAAGCAAGUUCAUAAUUUUAUAAUUAGGAGUGAAUAUAACCAUAACGUCUUUGUUGGUAGUGCCCUCGUUGACAUGUAUUGCAAGUGUAGAAGCAUACGAUAUGCAGAAGCAGUGUUCAAGAGAAUGACAAAUAAGAAUGUUGUGUCAUGGACUGCUAUGUUAGUGGGUUAUGGUCAGAAUGGGUUCAGCGAAGAAGCUGUUAGGGUUUUUUGUGACAUGCAAAGAAAUGGGAUUGAGCCAGAUGAUUUUACUCUAGGAAGUGUUAUUAGCUCAUGUGCAAAUCUAGCUAGCUUAGAAGAAGGCGCCCAGUUUCAUUGUCAAUCCCUAGUUUCUGGCUUGAUUUCUUUUAUAACAGUGUCCAAUGCGCUCAUUACUUUGUAUGGUAAAUGUGGAAGUAUAGAAGAUUCUAAUCAGCUGUUCAAUGAAAUGAACUUCAGGGAUGAAGUCUCUUGGACUGCAUUGGUUUCAGGAUACGCACAAUUUGGAAAAGCCCAUGAAACAAUUGAUUUAUUUGAAAGAAUGCUUGUCCGAGGUUUAAAACCUGAUGCUGUUACAUUCAUUGCAGUCCUUUCAGCUUGCAGUAGAGCGGGGUUGGUGGAGAGAGGACAACAGUAUUUUGAAUCAAUGCUGAAGAACCAUGGGAUAAUUCCUUUUUCUGAUCACUACACCUGCAUGAUUGACCUCUUUAGUCGAGCAGGGAGGUUAGAAGAAGCCAAAAUUUUUGUCAAUAAGAUGCCUUUCAGUCCUGAUGCAAUAGGUUGGGCAACUUUGCUUAGUUCUUGCAGACUUUAUGGCAAUGAGGAAAUUGGUAAAUGGGCAGCUGAGUCUCUUCUAGAACUAGAGCCCCAUAACCCUGCUGGCUAUAUCUUGCUCUCCAGCAUCUAUGCUGCUAAAGGAAAAUGGAGCGAUGUGGCCCAACUAAGGAGAGGAAUGAGAGAAAAGGGAGCGAGAAAGGAACCGGGAUUCAGUUGGAUCAAGUAUAAAAGCAAAGUUUAUAUUUUCUCUGCAGAUGACCAGUCAAGUCCCUUUUCUGAUCAGAUACAUGCUGAGCUGGAGAAAUUAAACCAGAAGAUGAUAGAAGAGGGGUAUGUGCCAGAUGCAAGUUCAGUUCUUCAUGAUGUUGAGAAUUCAGAGAAGAUAAAGAUGCUUAACCACCAUAGUGAGAAGCUUGCAAUUGCUUUUGGGUUGUUAUUUAUUCCUCGUGGCCUUCCCAUACGAGUAGUAAAAAAUCUGAGGGUUUGUGGGGAUUGCCAUAAUGCAACUAAAUACAUUUCCAAGAUUACUCAGAGAGAGAUACUUGUAAGAGAUGCUGUCAGGUUCCAUUCAUUUAAAGAUGGAACAUGUUCAUGUGGAGAUUUCUGGUGA